AUGAGAAAUGGUCGCUCAAGUUUUGCAUCAGCAGCAAAUAAGAAGGAGGAGGAGAAGGAGGAGAAAAAUAUGGAGGAGAAGAAGCAGAAGAAGAAGGAGAAGAAUGAGAAGGAGAAGAAGGAGAAGAGGGAGAAGAAGACGAAGGAGGAGGAGGAGAAAAAGAAGGAGAAGAAGAAGAAGAGGGAGAAGAAUCCCAGAGUCGUCGUAAAUCCGCUGUGGCAGAUGCAGGCGUGA